AUGGUAGAUACAAGUGUACCUAGGUUUGGCACAUUCAAAGAGAAAUCAAUAAAGGUACAUGUUGAAUUUGCCAAACUGGUAGUGGCCAAAAAGAUCAGGAAAGAGGUUGACAAAUUUGUUGUUGCACAAGGUUUCACAAAGGAGAUGAUUGAUGAAGCAAGAACUAGAUUUGAAGCAAGGAAAGCGGGAACCUCUAGUGUCUCCACCGGUAGACAAACUAGGAGUGUAAAUGUCAAGAAGGAGAAGCCCCCUCCUCCUCCAAAGAUACAAAUGAGGAGAAAAUCAAAGGAAGAUAAGCCUCAAGCAUCUAAAUUAUCAAAAGCUACAAGAAAAAGAAAGAAAGAACAAGCACAAAUAGUUUUUAAAGAUGUAGCAGAGGAAGAGGCAGAGGAAACUGAAUCAAAAGGUGGUAAGAAAGAAUCGAGGGCAAGUGGCAAGAAGUCUAAAGUGGUUGGUUAA